AGUGCAAAGACCGGUGUGGGUAUUUGGAUAAGGAUUCUGGCGAGAAAGUGAACCUCUAUAAUCCUGCCCAGGUUUAAUGAUUUGCAGGCUGUGCAUGCUUACUGAUUAUGUAUUAAUGAGUUAACAAGCUGUCAAGGUGGCACAAAUUGCUUUCUGUUUGGCUUUAAAAAUCCUGGUUUGGUUGAAAUUAUAUGUAUAGUUAGUUUGACUGUCAGGAGGUUAAGUGAGUGGUAAAGAAUGGAUGUGAUUAAAUUUACUCUUUUGGUGUUUCUUUAUCACCAGAUGCUAUGGCAAGGAAACGUCUGGAGUGUUCUGGCACCUGAGGCAGACGAUCCCGUAGCUAACACCACCACCAAGGCGGCGCCUCAGGCGGACGAUCCUGCAUCUAACACCACCACCACCAAGGUGGCGCCUCAGGCGGACGAUCCUUCAGCUAACACCACCACCACCAAGGCGGCGCCUCAGGCGGACGAUCCUGCAUCUAACACCACCACCACCACCAAGGCGGCGCCUCAGGCGGAUGAUCCUUCAGGUAACACCACCACCACCAAGGCAGCGCCUCAGGCGGACGAUCCCGCAGGUAACACCACCACCACCACCAAGGCGGCACCUCAGGCGGACGAUCCUGCAGCUACCACCACCACCAAGGCGGCGCCUCAGGCUGACGAUCCUGCAUCUAACACCACCACCAAGGCGGCGCCUCAGGCAGACGAUCCUUCAGCUAACACCACCACCACCAAGGCGGCGCCUCAGGCGGACGAUCCUUCAGCUAACACCACCACCACCAAGGUGGCACCUCAGGCGGACGAUCCCGUAGCUAACACCACCACCAAGGCGGCGCCUCAGGCGGACGAUCCUGCAGCUAACACCACCACCACCAGGGCGGCGCCUCAGGCGGACGAUCCCGCAGCUAACACCACCACCACCAAGUUGGCACCUCAGGCGGACGAUCCCGCAGCUAACACCACCACCACCACCAAGGCGGUGCCUCAGGCGGACGAUCCUGCAUCGAACACCACCACCACCAAGUUGGCACCUGAGGCGGACGAUCCCGUAGCUAACACCACCACCACCAAGGUAGCACCUCAGGCGGACGAUCCUUCAGCUAACACCACCACCACCACCACCAAGGCGGCGCCUCAGGCGGACGAUCCUUCAGCUAACACCACCACCACCAAGGCGGCGCCUCAGGCGGACGAUCCUUCAGCUAACACCACCACCACCAAGGCGGCCCCUCAGGCGGACGAUCCUGCAGCUAACACCACCACCAAGGCGGCACCUCAGGCGGACGAUUCUGCAGCUAACACCACCACCACCAAGUGGGCGCCUCAGGCGGACGAUCCUUCAGCUAACACCACCACCACCACCACCAAGGCGGCGCCUCAGGCGGACGAUCCUUCAGCUAACACCACCACCACCAAGGCGGCGCCUCAGGCGGACGAUCCUUCAGCUAACACCACCACCAAGGCGGCCCCUCAGGCGGACGAUCCUGCAGCUAACACCACCACCACCAAGGCGGCACCUCAGGCGGACGAUUCUGCAGCUAACACCACCACCACCAAGUGGGCGCCUCAGGCGGACGAUCCCGCAGGUAACACCACCAAGGCGGCGCCUCAGGCGGAAGAUCCUGCAGCUAACACCACCACCACCAAGGCGGCGCCUCAGGCGGACGAUCCUGUAGCUAACACCACCACCACCAAGGCGGCGCCUCAGGUGGACGAUCCUGUAGCUAACACCACCACCACCAAGGCGGCGCCUCAGGCGGACGAUCCUGUAGCUAACACCACCACCACCAAGGUGGCACCUCAGGCGGACGAUCCCGCAGCUAACAGCACCACCACCAAGGCAGUUAACACCACGAGCUGGCUUCAAACGUUAUCUUGAGUACUGGUGUACUGGUUCCAGGGGCUGUCUAGUUGCAUUUUGUCACAUGUUUUACAAACCAAAUAAAGCUUUUAAGUGUCUCUUCAGCGUGAGUGCUAAAGCUUGUAGAGCUGCUUUAAUGUUAAUUAUUCCUGUGGUGGGCUGCUUAUUUUGCAUUUGACCACUUCUUGUACAUUGCGGUUACAAAUUCUGCCUAAAUGUUACUGUAGCUAUGGAAAGAAAGUGACUAUGUAUUUACCCAUUUAAAUUUAUACCUU